AUGCCCGUGAGAUGGACCCCGGAGAACGACCAGCUUCUCCUCCUAAAAAUCCUCGAGACCCAUGAUCUCUCCGUCGAUCCCAAGCGUGUGGCAGAGGCCUGGCCCACCACCGUGGAGAACGGCAAGGCGAUCGACCGUCCCACUGCACGCGCAAUCACCGAGCGUCUCGUGCGCAUGCGCAAAGCCACCUGCACCAACAGCGGUUUCAGUAUCAGCAACGGCAACGCUUCUGGUCCUUCCACUCCCCGCAGGCCUCGGGCCACCGGUCUCAAGACCCCUUCUUCGAGCAAGCGUAAGCCUCCCAGCCCAGCUGGCGACGCCGACUCGGCCGACUCGAAGACCGUCGAAGAGAAUGUCACCCCUACGAAGAAGCCCCUGCGUCCUACCGUGGCGGGUAUGAAUCGCAUCGGCGGCAUGCUCGGCCAGAUUGGCUCCACUUUGAAGAUGGAGGACACUGUGAAAAUGGAGGCGGACGAUGACGACGAGGUGACCUUCAUCGGCCAGGGCACUCCUUCAAAGCGGCUGCGCAAGGCAAGCAGCCUGGCUUCUGGUAUGGUUAGCUACAAAAUCGAGGACGAUGAUGAUGAGGAUGAGGAUAAGGAUGAGGACGUGGAGAGCUCUGCUUCGGAGUAUAUGCCUGACCACGCCCGCGACGUGAAUGAGGAUCUCUUUGCAUAG